AUGGAGUCCGAGCGGUCAUAAUUUUUUUUUUAUUUUAUAUUUUAAUUUAAUGGUAAUUUGUGGUUUUUUUACUUUUCGUCAUAGAUUAGCAUGUAGAUAAUUAGGGUAAUUAGUCAGUAAAGCUCCGAAAAGACCCCGAGACUUUUAUUUCGAGAAACAUAAACACUUGAGCCUAAUUUAUUAGCUAGUCAGGGUGACAAGCAGACCACCCCAAGUCGACCGUGAGAAAGACGCCUUCGAAUAUGCAAUUUUGCAUAUGAGUUUUUAGUUUUCACCCACACUUUAGAGGGGUAGUGUGAGCUAGAGUCAGUUCCAAGUUAGAGUGACUUAAAGUAAUUGCUUAAGUGAAUCAAGACGUUGUCUUAACUAAAAUUGAUGACCUGACCCCGACACCUCGGCACCAGCUCUCCUGACAGGAUUAUUUAAAGUGGUUGAGUACUUUCAAAGUUAGUAAGGUAGUGAGUUGCUAAAAUUGCCGUCGGUCCAAAGAUUUUCCUGAUAUUUGAUAAGCAUAUGUUUGUAAUUUGCGAUAAUUACGCUUCUGUACAAAAAUCGGUUCAUCAAAGGCCAUUGUGAUGGAUUUUGCACGUGUUCAAAUUAGCUGUUAUUUUGCGUUUCAAAAAUGGCCCUACAUAAUUUAUUUCAGAAGUGGGAUAAAAGACGCACAACCACAUGUCUGGCCAGGCUAACUCAUACCACAUGUUAAAAUUUGACAAAUUUAUGACCACUUAAAACCACCCCCAAAUAAAUUGCCAUUUUAAAUGUGCUUUUUCCAUUAACUUAAAAUAACAUUGGCGACAGAAAUAAUCCAGCUGGCAGGUGUCGGAGGCGAUUUUGUUUAAACAAUUGUUGACUUUUGGGUUUUGUUUCUCUUUAAUAAGAUGAGCGGAAAUAAUAAGAGGAAGCAAACUCGUGGCGAAUCGCCAAUUAACGCGCGAAGGGUUAGAGGCAGCACCGACGGGUCUGAUCAAACCGUCUCUUCGAUCGACCGCCUCACCGAAGUGAUGGCAGAUUUUCUCGAGCGGUCAAACAACCGCCCUACCGCGUUUGCCACAAAGGAGGAGGUGGUACCACCCUUCAACCCAGAGGACCGCGACCAAAGCGCCGAGGCCUGGUGUCGCAAGGUGGACGAGUUAAGGGGUAUUUUCCGUUGGACGGAAGAUGCCACAAUUUAUUAUGCUUUGGCGAAAUUGCGGGGACUCGCCGAGGUGUGGUACAAAGGGUUACCCUCCGUAAACAUGUCUUGGGCGGAAUGGAAGGAAAAAUUAAGGACUGCGUUCCCAUCCACUCGCGAUUUCAAUGACGAUCUCUCGAGAAUGAUGCAGCGGCAGAAACGUCGGGAUGAAAGCUACGCUCGGUACUUUUAUGAAAAGCUUUCGCUCAUAAACGCUUGCCGCAUCAUAGGAACCGACGCCGUUUCAUGCUUAAUCGGGGGCAUUGACGACGUCGUUGUAAAAACGGGCGCGAGAGCAGGCAAUCACCAAACCCCGGAAUCGCUUUUCGCAUACCUCGCGACGAUCAGCGACACAAAAGCGCUCCCGAAACCAGCUACAGCGACCACUUCGUCGUUCUCACGAGCACCCCAGGUAGCAAAAACCCAUCACCGAGGAAGACAAUUCGACGAGAAACGGUCUUCGGUGCCGGUUUGCUACGAUUGCGGAAAAGAAGGACACUAUCGCCGACAGUGCCGGAAGCCAGCACCGGAAAACAGCCGGAAAUCGGAGCUGCGAUGCAACUACUGUCGUGGUACCGGUCACACCGAGAAAUAUUGUAACAAGAAAAACAAAGACCCGAAGACGGUAGCAUGA